AUGAAGGGGACCCUGCCAUUCCUGGUCGUAGCUGUCCUGGGUGCAGCCGUCAGCCAGGAGUACGGAGGAGGUCAUGCCCUGUUCGUCAGAACGUCGCCUGCAGACGCGAUCGAUCUUCUUGCAGCUCGUCAGCAGUCGGAUCCUCCCGGAUACCUGCCGCCGUACAGCACCCAGAGGCCGCCGGAGAGACCCAGACCUUUCCAAGCUCCCUCGACCGGCCAACAGCCGAGCUACUCGUCGCCCACGCAAAACGAGGUGACGAGCUACCAAAGGCCGACGGGUUUCUCGCCGUCGAACCAGGGUUAUCCGUCCGGGCCACCAGCUACAGUACAGAAUCCUCCGUUCUCCACCACUCGACCCGCGUACCUUCCGCCGAACAGUCAGUCGCCUUACGGACCUUCGUCGACCUCAUACAAUCCGCGACCAGCGUCGUCGCCGACCUAUUCGAACGCCGGUUCCUCGGCUUUCCCGCCGUACGGUUCGACGAGGAGCUCGACGACCUACUUACCACCGACCGGCUAUUCGUCGACCAGUCCCCGACCACCCUCCACGACCACCCUCCAAAGUCCUCAGACCGGGUAUUCCUCUUCCGGCGGAAUUUCCACCAACUACGGCUACACGCCGUCGACGUUCGGAAGCUCCAACACCGGCGGAUUCUCCACGCCCAGCGGAUUCUCGAGCACGUACGGUUACUCCACUCAAAGACCUAGCCCUUCUUACGUUCCUUCCUCGCCAGGAAGCGUCCCUAGCGGCUCCUCUAACGCUGGAUAUCCCUCUCCCAGCGGAUUCACCACUUACGGAUACCCCAGCGAGAAUCCUCGUCCUGCUUUCCCGACCCCCUCGGCUGGAGGGAAUUCCUACGAUCAGGGCGCCGCUGGCUAUCCCUCUUCUCCAGGCUUUCCGUCGUCGACACCCGGGGGAGCGUUUCCGCCCGAAGAGACCGGCGGUGGAUCCAGUGGCUCCGGUUCCGUUAGACCUCCGUCCGGCGAAGCCUCGAGCGGGGCAGGAAUGACGACAGGAAAAGGUGUAGCCGAGGACGAGGACGACGACUCGAAACACCCUCCGCACAUUCACGCCCUCGAUGUCGAGUGCAGCAAGACCAUGAUGACCAUCAACAUCGAGUUCAAUCGCGCCUUCGACGGGGUCAUUUACUCCAAGGGAUACUUCAUGACCCCGGAGUGUAGAUACGUGGAACAGAACUCUGGCCAGACCAAGUAUUCGUUCACGGUGAGCAUGGACUCGUGCGGUACGCAAUUCAUCAACGACUUCGCGGGUGAAGCCGGCCAGGCGUACCUGGAGAACGUGCUCGUGCUCCAGAACGAGCCAGGCAUUCAGGAAGUCUGGGACACGGUGCGAAGGGUCCGUUGUCUUUGGGAAGGGAACAUCAACAAAGCGUUGUCCGUCAACUUCUCCGUAGACAUGCUCGCGCAAGAAAUAGUGACUUUCAGCGGCGACACAGCGGUCGCCAAGCUGGACAUACAAGUCGGAAGAGGUCCUUUCGCGGCUACGGCGGACGGACUCGUAAAAAUUGGAGAAACUAUGACUCUGGUCGUCACGGUCGAGGGAGAUCCCGCCUUCGAUCUUCAGGUACGCGAUUGCAUCGCCCGCGACGAGUCCUCGACCAAUACUCUCCAGCUGACGGACGAAAGGGGUUGCAUAUUGAAACCGAAAUUGUUCGGGGCGUUCCAAAAAACAAACGACACGGGCAACACCGGCGCUUCGAUUAUCGCGUACGCCUUUUUCCAAGCCUUCAAAUUCCCUGACGUGAUGGAUCUAUUCAUCGAGUGCAACGUGGAGCUGUGCAAAACGGACUGCGAACCGUGUCCAGAAGCGAAUCAGCAAAUCGAACCAGGCAGAAGGCGACGAUCCAUCAUUUACGCGCCAUCGAACACUUCGGCGGUGCUACUCUCGGAUCCGAUACGCGUCGCUCGAGGCUUCAGGGUGAUCAUGGAGGACGAUUUAAGCGAAGCUAGUAGUCAAGUAUCGGAACAUCUCGAGCACCCUGCCGCGGAAGAGGUUCCGAGAAUCACAACGGACAUUUGCAUGACUUACGGUGGCUUUUACACGGCGAUCUCGUUGAUGCUGAGCACCGUCGUUCUAACGACAAUCAGCACGGUUGUGCUCUACGUAAAAUUGCAUCGAGUUUACAGGUCAAAGUUCGUAAACUCGUAGAAACUCGACUCGAUUCUCAUUCUCGAUUCUGGUUCGAGCGUGCAACCAGCAGGUAACCCGACCAUAAAAGCCCGAGGAAAAAGUUAGCGAAUAACUGCCAUCGUAACACGAGUCGGUUAUCGAUCAUGCGAACCACCGCCAGAUUCCACCGGCGUUUCUCGGUACAGUCUAUUUGUCGCGUACUCGCUCGUUGUAUCUUCUAGCUCUCGAGAGGUCUAUCUCGAAUAGGAAUCAACGACGAAUUGUAUCGCGAGCGAGUCUCGUUAAAUA